AUGUCGGGACGGGCCGAGACGCGAACCCCUGAACCGCCCGACGGCGACGAACGCGAAAACUCGCCACCGCGAUUGGUGAGGCCGAAACGCACGACAAGACCACCAGCCCACUAUGCUCAAGAGCAAGAGAUCGAUACUGAGCAGAGAAACACGCGCUCCCAGCGAAAGAAGAAGAACCAGGGUAAGCCAGUCGCCCAACGUGACGCGGCGACUUCGGACGACUCCUCGGCAGAGAGCGAGGACUCAGACACCUCCAAACUUGUGAAAGAGAUUGUUAAGCUCAGGAGAGAAAUCAGACGACGAGAUGAAUUACACAAGGAGGAGCUCCACAGAGUCAAAGAAGAGUUUGGCGCUGCCCUCGCAGAGUUUCGACAUGAAUUACAGACCCUGGCAAAUCGACCCCCGACACCGCACCCCGAGUCAUGCGCUCAGAACAGCCACGAGGAGAUCCUUCGCGAAAUCCAAUCCUUGCGCAUUGCAGUCAAUCCUUCGGGAUCCCCGUCCUAUGCAGAUGUCGCCCGUACACCCCCCACCAGCCAACCGAGCAAUAUACGGACUCUCUCAUCGUGGAACACGACACCGACUACCUUCACCGACACGCUAUAUUGCACGAUAGACACCUCGAAGAUGGUAGAUACUGAAAAUGAGAGACCAUCAGCAGGUCCAAUUAGAACGGCAGUUGAGACUGAGAUCCGGACAAUGGAAAACUACACGAGCUGGCGGUGCCGCGCUGUCACGGUGGAUCCGAAGAACACCAACCGGAUCAGAAUUGCUUGCCGAGAUGAGGCUGAACACCAGCUGGUUAAGAAGGUGGCGGAAACCAAGGUCGGCGCAGGAGCCCGAGUGCUUCGUGACGAAUUGUACCCGAUCAAAGUCGACAGCGUCAACAGAACUGCAGUGCUUGAUGAAAAUGGUGACAUCCGAGCAGGAGCUGCGGCAGCCUUUGGCGAAGAGAAUGAAGCUUCCAUCGCUAAGAUUGCAUGGCUUAGCAGAAAGGAGAAUGCGAAGGCCUAUGGGUCAAUGAGACUGGGCAUAAGGCGUUCCAGUGCAAGAACGCGCAGAAACGUGCAAAAUGUGCCGCGGAGGGCCAUCACCACAGUAGCUGCGAUCAAACGAUUCCAAAGUGCAUUCCAUGCGGAGGCCCUCACGAAUCGUACAGCAAACACUGUCGGAAGCUUUACCCAUCGCAUCAUGAAUAAGUCUCUUCGAGUUAUUCAACUGAAUGUGAGAAAACAGGGGGCAGUGCACGAGAGCUUAAUGAAUGACGAAGAGACUCAGAACGCGGUGGCGUUAGCGAUUCAGGAACCCCAGGCGAGGAGGAUUCAAGGCCGGCUCCUGACCACCCCAAUGGGACACCACAGAUGGACGAAGAUGGUUCCCUCUACUUGGAGGGAAGGCAGGUGGGCAAUUCGAAGCAUGCUCUGGAUUAAUAAAGAUGUCGAGGCGGAACAAGUGCCAAUAGAGUCCCCGGACCUCACGGCAGCGGUUAUUAGGCUUCCCGAGCGACUGAUUUUCAUGGCAUCAGUUUACGUUGAAGGGGAAAACACCUCAGCUUUGGACGAUACAUGCAAAUACUUAAUCAACGCGAUCACGAAAGUACGGCGAGAUACGGGUGCGGUGGUGGAGAUUUUGAUUAUGGGAGACUUCAACCGGCAGGACCAACUCUGGGGAGGAGACGACGUGUCUUUGAGAAGACAAGGUGAAGCGGAUCCAAUCAUCGACCUCAUGAACGAUUGUGCUCUCAGCAGUCUUCUCAAACGAGGCACAAAGACAUGGCAUGGCGGAGGAUACAGCGGGCACUGCGAGUCGACGAUCGACCUGGUCCUGGCCUCGGACAACCUAACAGACUCCGUGAUUAAGUGUGCUAUACUCGGGACGGAGCACGGCUCGGACCACUGCGCUAUUGAGACCGUCUUUGAUGCCCCCUGGUCGCUCCCACAGCAUCAGGGACGACUUGUGUUGAAAAAUGCUCCAUGGAAAGAGAUCAAUGCCAGGAUAGCGAACACUCUUGCCGCCACUCCUGCGGAGGGCACAGUGCAGCAGAAAACUGACCGGCUCAUGUCGGCGGUUUCGGAAGCGGUGCAUGCGUUAACACCAAAGUCAAAACCAUCACCACACGCGAAGCGGUGGUGGACCGCUGAUUUAACGCAGCUCCGUCAUAUACACACAUACUGGAGAAAUCAUGCCCGCUCCGAGCGACGGGCGGGACGAAAAGCACCCUACCUGGAGACAAUGGCCCGAGGCGCGGCAAAACAAUACCAUGAUGCCAUCCGGCAACAGAAGAAAAAGCACUGGAAUCAGUUUCUUGCCGACAAUGAUAACAUAUGGAAAGCUGCUAGAUACCUGAAGUCGGGAGAAGACGCAGCGUUCGGGAAGAUCCCGCAGCUCCUCAGAGCGGAUGGGACCACGACCACUGAUCAUACGGAGCAGGCAGAAGAAUUGCUGGCCAAAUUCUUCCCGCCCCUGCCGGACAACAUUGACGAUGAAGGGACUCGACCACAAAGAGCGCCAGUCGAGAUGCCUGCCAUCACGAUGGAGGAGAUCGAACGACAGCUGAUGGCGGCAAAGUCUUGGGAGGCACCUGGCGAAGACGGUCUACCGGCAAUAGUCUGGAAGAUGACUUGGCCUACGGUCAAGUACAGAGUCCUGGAUCUCUUCCGGGCGUCGCUGGAAGAAGGCACGUUGCCAAGACAGUGGAGACAUGCGAAGAUCAUACCGCUCAAAAAGCCGAACAAAGAGAACUACACUAUUGCCAAAGCAUGGAGACCGAUUUCGCUCCUCGCGACGCUGGGCAAGAUACUGGAAUCUGUGGUCGCAGAAAGGAUCUCACACGCGGUGGAGACGUAUGGUUUGCUCCCGACCAGCCACUUCGGCGCCCGAAAGCAGCGGUCCGCCGAGCAAGCACUCGUACUCCUGCAGGAGCAAAUCUACGCGGCAUGGCGCGGCCGACGGGUCGUGAGCUUGAUCAGCUUCGAUGUCAAGGGCGCCUACAAUGGAGUGUGCAAAGAACGGUUACUUCAGAGGAUGAAAGCGCGAGGCAUACCGGAGGAUCUACUCCGGUGGGUUGAGGCGUUCUGCUCCGAACGAACGGCGACCAUCCAAAUCAAUGGGCAACUAUCUGAGACCCACAGCCUGCCACAGGCUGGACUGCCGCAGGGCUCGCCGCUGUCCCCAAUCCUGUUCCUCUUCUUCAAUGCAGACCUCGUACAACGUCAAAUCGACGGCAAGGGAGGUGCGAUUGCGUUCGUAGAUGAUUUUACCGCGUGGGUGACCGGACCAAGUGCGCAGAGCAACCGGGAAGGUAUUGAGGGAAUCAUUAAAGAAGCUUUUGACUGGGAAAGACGAAGUGGGGCAACUUUUGAAGCAGAGAAAACAGCCAUUAUACACUUCACCCCCAAGGCUUACAAAUUGGACCGGGAGCCCUUCACCAUCAAGGGACAAACUGUUGAACCCAAAGACCAUGUCAAGAUUCUGGGCGUCCUGAUGGACACAAGUCUCAAAUACAAGGAACACAUUGCAAGGGCAGCGUCCAAGGGCCUUGAGGCAGUGAUGGAGCUUCGACGACUUCGAGGUCUGUCCCCAUCAACAGCGCGGCAGCUAUUCAAAUCCACAGUGGCCCCUGUAGUGGACUACGCCUCUAAUGUCUGGAUGCAUGCAUUCAAAAAUAAGGCCACGGGGCCGAUCAACCGAGUCCAAAGGGUGGGAGCGCAGGCAAUUGUCGGGACAUUUCUUACCGUUGCAACCAGCGUCGCGGAGGCAGAGGCUCACAUUGCCACGGCGCAACACCGUUUUUGGAGGCGGGCCGUGAAAAUGUGGACCGACCUCCACACGCUCCCGGAUACCAAUCCGCUCCGCCGAACUACAGCUCGGAUCAGGAAAUUCAGACGGUUUCACCGUUCGCCGCUGUACCAGGUGGCAGACGCGCUGAAGAACAUUGAUAUGGAAACACUGGAGACUAUUAACCCGUUUACAUUAGCACCAUGGGAGACACGUAUGCAGACAGAUGGUGAAGCAAUGCCGGACCCGCAGUCUGCACCGGGUGGAUCAAUACAGAUCGCGAUCAGCAGCUCGGCACGGAACGGGAUGGUAGGAUUCGGGAUGGCGAUCGAGAAGCAGCCACCUCGAUAUCGGAAACUGAAAUUGAAGACCUUUUCCAUGACACUGGGCGCAAGAUCAGAGCAAAAUCCAUUCUCCGCAGAGCUAGCGGCUAUAGCUCAUAUAUUGAACGGGCUGGUGGGACUGAAAGGUUUCAGGCUCAGGUUGCUCACCAGCAACAAAGCUGCAGCCCUCACGUUACAGAACCCUCGACAACAGUCAGGCCAGGAGUUCGUCUGCCAUACGUACAAGCUGAUGAACAGACUACGGAGGAAAGGAAACCACAUCAGGAUACUUUGGGUCCCUAUUAGCGAAGACAACAAACUGCUGGGCCUAGCUAAGGAGCAGGCCCGAGCCGCAACCCACGAGGACGCUAUCCCACAAGCACAGGUUCCCAGAAUGAAGUCAACAACGUUGAAUCUCGCACGAUCCCAAGCAGUCACCACGAAAGCCUUGCCAGAGGACGUAGGAAGACACGUCAAACGAGUGGAUGCCGCACUCCCAGGAAAGCACACCCGACAGCUGUAUGACGGAUUAUCGUGGAAAGAAGCGACCGUGCUGGCUCAACUCCGGACCGGCAUGGCCAGAUUAAAUGGGUAUCUCUACCGGAUCAAUGCCGCGCAGACAGACCAGUGUGCAUGCGGACAAGCAAGAGAAACCGUGGAGCAUUUUCUCUUCCGGUGUCGGAAGUGGACCACGCAACGGAUCGCACUGCUACAAUGUACUCGAACUCAGCGGGGCAAUCUCUCCCUCUGCCUGGGCGGGAAAUCGCCUUCUGAUGAUCAGCAAUGGACGCCGAACUUGGAGGCAGUACGAGCCUCAAUACGAUUUGCCAUCGCUACGGGCCGACUCGACGCCACCUAA